UGGCCGGGCCUAUUAGACGCAUACCUCAAUGCCGGUUGAAACACAGGCUGUUUUGAAGCAGCCACUCAUUCCCCUUUUCUGCCGGACUAGUCAAUAGCACACGACUACCAAUCCUAGCCAAGGCCGCGCUUCAUGGCUCAUUCUCCGGAACAAGGGGUGCGCUAUUCGCAGGGCAACAAGGACAUUGGCGCCGCGCGCAACUUCUCAUGGGAGUUCGCCGUUCCACAGAACAAGUUCUGGGACGACCUCCCCUAUACCGCGGGCCGCAACUUUCUCAGCCUGUUCGAGCCGGGCGAGCAGCCGUCCCUCGACGACGACGACAACGCGGAUAGCAACGCGCUGAGCAGGCCGGACAAACUGCGCCUGCUCCUCAAGCUCCUCCGCGAACGACUGGCCCGCAAGGAUGCCGACGCAGCCCCGCGGUCUUUCUACGACGUGGACUACCAGGCCUGGGACAAGACCUGGCUGGCGAUCGCGGGCAUCCAGCACGAGCUCCGGGACUUCGCCGCAGAGGAGCAGACGCUGCGCAUGCUGAUCGAGCGGAGGAAGGACUCGUCCAAUCUCUCGCAUCUUCACAGCCUGUCAGGCCUGCUUCUGGAGAAGGGGGCGUACGAAGAGGCCGAACGGACGGAAACAGUCGUGCGGGAUUGGCUGGAUAGCAAGCUCGGCAGGGAAUCGCCGCAGUCGCUCGGGGCGCGGCGGAUGAUUGCGCAGGCGGUGUGGAUGCAGGGUCGGCGGGCAGAGGGCGAGCGGUUGAUGGCAGAGGUCGGUGCGAUCAUUGACGAGACGGCUGAGGACAGUCCUUACGCCGUAUAUCGCGACCAGCAGCGCGAGAUGACAAAGGAGUUGAUGGAGAAGCUGAGAGCAGAGGGACGUACGGCAGAGAAAUGACGGCUCUUUAAUGAGUUUGUUAAUAACGUAUCUUAUAAGCGAGCCGGCCAUAUAAGCGAGCCGGCCACUUUACCCGCGACGCGUCACUUCCGCGCUUAAACCCAGAUUUUCUUUACAAC